UGAAACACCAGGAGGAGGAGGUGUGUGUUCGUGUGUGUAUGUGUGUGUUUGUGUGUGUAUGUGUGUGUUUGUGUUUGUGUGUAUGUGAACAGAUUCCUAUACCUGUGGAUUUUUGUGGUCGAUGCUGAUACAAAUAUUCUUUGCACACCAGGGGGCGUCACGAUGAUUAGACUGAAACAGUCCGUGACGUCUCACAACCAAUCAGCAGACGGGAAAACCUGCCGCGCACUGCGCAGCUGUCAGCGACGUCACGGUAAAAACCAGGAAGUGAGAUGACGUCACAGAGGCGCCGAAGAGAAGAAGAAGAAGUUCGUGCGGAGAUGAGUGAAAGCGGCGCUCAGCUCUUUGCUCGUCUGGAGGCUCGUCGCUGUCUGAAGGACAUCGAACCUCGUCUGUUUCCUGGCGAUGGCGGACCCCAACAUGGUGAGGUGGUGGAACUGUACGGCUCCGAGGGAACAGGAAAGACGGAGCUGCUCUACCACCUACUGUGUCGCUGUGUGUUGCCAAACGCUGCUGGUGGACUGGAGGCGGACGUUGUGUUUGUGGACACAGACUAUAGUCUGGACAUGUUACGACUGGUCAGCAUCAUGGAGAGCAGACUGAACGCAGCUCUCUCUACCUCGGCCGCCUCAGACGAGGAGGCGUGUCGUUCGUGUCUGUCUCGCCUCCUGGUCGUCCACUGCUCCUCCUCCUCCCAGCUCCUCCUCACCCUCCACUUCCUGGAGAACUCCUUCUCGUCGCGCCCCGGCCUGGCUCUCCUCCUCAUCGACAGCAUCUCUGCGUUCUAUUGGCCAGAUCGCUGCGAGGGCGGGGCCAACCUCGCCAAGCAGGAGGAGAAGCUCAGCAAGUGUUCAGAGCUGCUGGGCCGACUGCUCAGAGAUUACAGGAUCACUGUGUUUGCCACCUGCCAUGCCAUCAGGAGGAGCUACAGCGGACCCUCCUCCUCCUCCUUCUCGGACCCCGACCGACCGUACCUCUGUCGCGCCUGGCAACGACUGGUGAUCCACCGGCUGCUGUGCUCCCGGCAGGAGGCUGGGAACAACAUGGCCGCCACCGCAGGAAGACGGCAGGUCUUGACCGUCCACUGCACCUCCUCCUCCUCCUCGGGGACGAAGGCUCACAGGAGCAGCUCCUUCUACGUGACAGACGGAGGAGUGGAGUUCACCUGAUCAAUGAAAACAUAGUUCUCUACACUUUGUUGGUUGAUCAAUAAAGAUGCUUUAUUCAGAGGUCAGUAAA